UAGAAAAAAACUAAAAUGAGCGACCGACGUGAUCAAACAUUAAACAUCACGUCCAUUCAUCCACUUCGCAAACAAAAAAAAAAUGCGCAUGCAACUGCAAUUUGGUGUUAUCUUCAAGUGCAACAUGCGUCCAAAACUUUAGGUACACUGCAAUUUUUAGAUUAUUUUCAAACAAUGCAUUUCCUGGGGAUCCUAUUACAAAUUUCUACUACUAUAUAUUGUUCAUGAAGAUUUCGGUAUGGUAUCAGUCUGCAUUGGUACUUGGCCUUCAACUCGACACCAAAUCAACUCGUUUAACUGAAAUGAAGUUCUAUUGUUCCACAUUGGUGGUAGCACUAGUCCUACCAGCACUAAUCAUGGGAUCCCAUUGGAAAUCACCACACCUCAAGUCCUGGAAGGAGGCUCAGGAUGAAUGUGCCGACUAUCUGCAACUUACCGACGAAACCGUUGAGCGCUACGAGAACCAAGGAUAUCCCGAUGAACACAGCACCCACAAGCUGGUCCACUGUAUUCUGGUCACCGUGAACGCGUGGAAUGAAGACACUGGAGUCAAGGACUACGUCGUCAAGAACUUCUUCUAUCCAUCACCUUCGGAUACCUGUUACGUGAACCGAACCCACGAGUGCCUUUGCGAGACUGUAUCGCCGCUGCCUCGUCACUCCCAGCUGAAGCGUGCUCACAAGUCAUUCCUGUGCUACUAUCGCAACUAUGGAAACAUUGUCAGCGAGCGUCAGUUUGUGCCCUACAGCGACGAAGAACGCGAGGAAAACUUUGAGCGGACCUACGCUAUUGUCGACGUUCCUCGCUGCUCCCUUGAAGAAAUCGCCAAGGGAAAUGCCUUGGAAGUCGAGGAAUUCCCGGAGAUUGCAUUCACAUACACCAUCCGAACUGGAUUUUAUGAACCGGAAAAUGGAGUCCAUCGCGAUCGUGUGUUCACCAACUUUGGCAUUCCGGAGAUUCUGAGCGAGAAGACCAGCUGCUGCGAGGCCUCUGUCCGUCAACAGUACUGCGAAGAACCGGCCCGAGUCUUCCAGACGUUCAAGCAGUGCUAUGCAAGCUUCCUGCCAACACUUGGAACUGCUCAGGAGGUUGCCAAGGAGUUGCUUGAAAAGCCUGUCCCACCACCACCGUGCAAGAGCUGUGGAGGACCAGCCCCGUGCAAAUCGUGCCCUCAUAGCAUUCCACGAAACCAUCCUCGACCUUGUUACAACGGACAGUGCAACUGA